UGUGUCUGCCCCUUCUGCAUGAGUGAUGAAGCUCGUGUUGACACUACAACAAGGGGAACAUCUGUAAAGUCUACAACUGUUUGCAGCUGUGGCAAACAGCGUACUUGGCACAGCCAACCAUGGGUGAAGGACAGGCCACUUGGCAACAUCCUGCUAUGUUCUGCCAUUCUGUUUUCCGGGGUCAACAUCAGAAAAGCAUUUCGAAUGCUUGAUAUGAUGAAGGUGGCCACCCUAACGAAGUCACAGUACUUCAGGACGCAGAAGCAGCACCUUUUCCCUGCUGUGAAUGACGUCUACAUGAGUAAGCAGGCUGAUAUCCUGGACCAGCUUCGUCCGGUGCCCCUGGUCCUUGCCGGAGACGGCAGGUGUGACUCACCUGGCCACACAGCACUCUAUGGUACAUACACUCUUCUGGAGACAGCUGUCAACCGCAUUAUCCACUUCGAAUUGGUGAAGUCAACCGAGGUCUCCAGCAGCAAUGCCAUGGAAGCGUACGGCCUUCAGAAAUGCCUAGCAUUCCUCGAGGUCCAAGACAUGGUUGUGGACAGUUUAGUCACUGACCGCCAUUCUGGGAUCAAGGCCAUGCUGAGGGAGUCCUGCCCACAUAUUAAACACCGAUUUGAUGUGUGGCACGUCGUGAAGGGUAUCAAGAAGAAGCUCAUAGCCCUGAGCCGCUCCACAAAGCACAAUGUUGUGAAACUGUGGAUUGAGAGCCUGACCAGGCAUGCCUAUUGGUGUCCGAAAACGAGUGGGGAUGAUGGGGAAUUGUGCAUCGCAAAGUGGGUGUCGGCACUUAACCAUAUUGUCGACAUCCAUGAGCAUGACGACCCCCUGUACCCAGUUUGCUACCAUGGUCCGCUUUCGGAACCACGACAGUGGCUCAAAGAAGGUAUGCACUGAAAAAACUGACAUAGUGGAGCAUGUAAUUUAGUUGCAGCUUGUAAAGUGUUACACACUCCACACUCACUUAUGUGACAUCCAUUAUUUUCUGGUGGUCUGGAUAGUGACAGACCUUUAAAUAUUGAAC